AUGGUCGGCGCUAUGGAGGCGAUCCCUAUUGUCGGUGGCAUCGCGGCGAACUUGAUAGCAUUCCUAAGUAUCUACAACUUCUUCAAUGGAGUCCUCACCUGGUUGGGAGAUCGUGCGUGUUUGCCCAAACCAUUGACCUUCGAGCUUAUAUUUUCGUACGUUCUUUGGCCGAUCGCCUUUACGAUGGGCGUGCCCUCAGAGGACUGUCUCAAAGUCGCUGAGCUAAUUGGAGUGAAAUCAAUGCUCAACGAAUUCGUUGCUUUCACCAGAUUAGGGAUUAUUAUAAAGGACAGUGCCAUUUAUCGGGAGUUUCAGGGUAACAGUACUUUCACGUACUUGCCGAAUGGCGGAAUUAUGUUUGAUUUUCGAAAUGGAACUACACACCUAAUGGAGUACGGUAUAUUCCACACCAAGCGAGCAGAAGUUAUUAGCACGUAUGCGCUUUGUGGCUUUGCAAACAUUGGAUCGAUCGGCAUCAUGUUAGGGUCCCUGGUAACCAUGCUGCCACACCGUCGGAAGGAGUUGUCAGAGAUGAUUCUCAGUGGAAUGGUUGGCGGAACUAUAGCCUGCUUUCUUACUGGCUGCUUUGCCGGGCUCUUUUAUGAUGGACAAUAG